UUUUCAAGUUAUCGCAUGACUGCGGGAAUGUUGAAGAAUGUGGUUUACUCACCAACUGGUAAAAGUUCUGCUAUACCUAGUUGUAAGUUCAGCUUUUCAGCUUUACCGUGCUACCGAGGAACGCCGAAAACCGGAAUAAUCGAUAAACACACUACCACCAACACGUUCGUUACGAGAAAUGCUGUGAAACGAAGUGGAAACCGAAAACGUCAUAUGAUCAUCGGGUGCAAAAGUUUCGGAGCUGCAAAAAUGGCACGGAUGAUUUUUCUCCUGUUUUCGCUGUUUGUUACAGCUAACUGUGACCAGUUCUCGGUAGUGUACGCACCGAAGGCUCUAGAGUUCCGUGGCCACUCGCGGCUGAAUGUUGACUCGCUGUCGGACGUUUUUGGAGCUUCCCUCGGAUAUUCGGUGUCGCGACCUUCCGAGUGGGACGGUCUGCUGAUCCGGGAUCCCUUCAAUCUGGCCAAGGGGGCUGUGGUGGUCGUGGCUGAAGGCAUUGAUUCGCUGAAUGUUGAGGGAGCCCAUAACUUUGAGCUGUUCGGCGGAUCCGGAUCGGAAUCCAUCGAGGAGCUGGUACAGAAAACGGCUGACCACAAUGGAAUCAGCACCGAAAUUGACCUCAAGGAAUCGUCGGGAAGCUUUAGCACCCCUCUGGGCCCAGUUCAGCCGGACGACGAUGAAAUCGAGCCACAGUAUCUGAAAACGAAAUCCAACAAAGCGGACGCCGAUUUCAUGCGUCAGCUUGCGUUCAUCAAUGGGCUCGGGGACCUGCUGGUCACCUCGACCGAAGCUCAGAGCGCCCCGUCUGUGUAUAUCGUGCGCGUUUCUUUGGAAGCUCUGCUCGCCACCCACGAACCCUCGUCGAAGGCCAUCGCCGAAGCCAAGAAGCUGCUGACCAAUGCCGUCCUGGAGCUGCAAACCGCUGCCGAGAAGGCCUUUGAUGGGGAUGUCGUUGUCGGGCUGAUCACUUCCACCGAGGCUCCGCUGGUGCGUUCAAAGCGUCAGGCAACGCCCAAACAGGAAACUACCGACUACAACUACGCCAAGAAAUACGACAGCAACUACCCGGUCAUCUUCAACAUCAUCCUGUGGUUCAGCGUGGUGCUUACCUUCUCGCUGUUGGCCAUCUCGAUUGCCAUCGCCACCAUGGACCCCGGUCGGGAUUCCAUCAUCUACCGCAUGACUUCCACCAGAAUGAAGAAAGAUAACUAAAGUGUUAUUACAUUCAGCAGCACACCGGUAGAGAGUUAUAUAGUUAAAGUGAAAAAAAUAUUUAAGAACAAACUCACGAUGAUCAUUCAUGCACACGUACACGUAAAAACAUGUUCCAAAUGAAAGGGAUACAAAAAUCAAUAGUAUUAAUUGGCCAUUUAAAACUAUCCCCAAUAAUAAAUCGACUUUUAGCGACUGUUAGUUUUGUAUGGAUUAUUCUCUUCUUUCGUUACCAUCGUCGGAAAUCGUGUGCUAGUUAAAUAUCAGUUUGCGUCAACAACGCUUGUCAGUCGAAGUCUUUUCCACCACCACAUUCAGACCGGCUCAAGUUGCGGUACCCAUAACUUAACAAAAAAAAAAGAAGCUAAUCGCUAACUCCGUGUUUGUAUAUUUCGUUAUUGUUAUGACUUUAUUUCUCAAUUUUUCGGUUGUAAGAAGUAACCUAAAAAUAAAAGCUGAGCGGAGGAAACAUUCCAACUGAUCCCGCCGUUAAGCGAGUGUA